AUGGCACGGCCCCCCGGGCUCUGCCUGCUGGCCUUGCUGGGGCUGGGGCUGGGGGCGGGGGGCUCCCCUGCCUGCUGGGACCCCCGGGGGCAGCCCCGCCGCUGCAUGCCCGUCUUCGAGAACGCCGCUUUCGGCCGGGCAGCCCAGGCCACCAACACCUGCGGUUCACCCCCCGAGGACUAUUGCCUGCAGAUGGGUGCCCGCCACGCCAGCACCCUGUGCCACCGCUGCGAUGCCACCGACCCCCGGCUCCACCACAACGCCUCCUUCCUCACCGACUUCCACAGCCAGGAGGAGAGCACCUGGUGGCAGAGCCAGUCCAUGGCCUUUGGCAUCCAGUACCCCAACUCUGUCAACAUCACCCUCCACCUGGGCAAAGCCUACGAGAUCACCUACGUGAGGCUGAAGUUCCACACCAGCCGCCCCGAGAGCUUCGCCAUCUACAAGCGCAGCUGCCCCGAGGGGCCCUGGGUGCCCUUCCAGUUCUACAGCGCGUCCUGCGAGAAGACCUACGGGCGGCGGCAGCGGCAGUACCUGCGGCCGGGGGAGGACGAGCAAGUGGCCUUCUGCACUGAUGAGUUCAGCGACAUCUCCCCGCUCAGCGGGGGCAACGUGGCCUUCUCCACCCUGGAGGGACGGCCCAGCGCCUACAAUUUUGAUGGGAGCCCCGCGCUGCAGGAGUGGGUGACUGUCACUGACCUGCUCAUCUCCUUGAACCGGCUCAACACGUUUGGGGAUGACAUCUUCAAGGACCCCAAGGUGCUGCAGUCAUACUAUUAUGCCAUCUCUGACUUCUCUGUUGGUGGCAGGUGCAAAUGCAACGGUCACGCCAGCGAGUGCGCCCCGGACGAGGCCGGGCAGCUGGUCUGCGUGUGCCAGCACCACACGGCCGGCACCGACUGCCAGCAUUGCCAGCCCUUCUACCAGGACCGGCCCUGGGCCCGCGGCACCGCCGAGGCUGCCAACGAGUGUCUCCCUUGCAACUGCAGCGGCCGCUCGGAGGAGUGCUUCUACGACCGGGAGCUGUACCGCCGCAGCGGGCACGGCGGCCACUGCCGCAACUGCCGGGACAACACGGCCGGGCCCCACUGCGAGCGCUGCCGGCAGAACCACUAUCGCUGGGAGCCGCGGGCAGCCUGCCAGCCCUGCCACUGCCACCCCGCAGGCUCCCUGCAGCCCCAGUGUGACAACUCGGGGACCUGCCUCUGCAAAGCCAACGUGACGGGCUGGAAGUGUGAGCGCUGCAAGGAAGGCUACCACAGCCUCAGCGAGGGGGGCUGCAGACCCUGCACCUGUGACCCUGCAGGCAGCGUGGGCACCUGUGACCCCAACACGGGGCAUUGCACCUGCAAGGAGAGGGUGGAGGGACACCUGUGCAACAGGUGCCAGCCAGGCUGGUUUAACCUACAGCCUCACAACCCUGCUGGCUGCACCAGCUGCUUCUGCUACGGCCACUCCACUGCCUGCACGGCUGCAGGUGGCUACGAGGUGACACACAUCAGCUCUGACUUCAGUCAAGGGCUGGAGGGCUGGGCUGCCACAGCGCCGGGCACCGGGGACCUGCCCCUGCGCUGGGCUGGUGGGGAGAUCGUCACCGAGCGGCACGGGGAGGAGCCGGUGGAUUUUCUGGCACCAGAGAAGUUUCUGCAGAACCAGCGUCUCAGUUACGGGCAGCUCCUGUCCUUGCUGCUGGGAGUGGAAGGGAAUGGGAUGGGGAAGGAGACUGGGGUGCCCCUGCUCCAUGUGCAGCUGGUGCUGGAGGGUGAGGGGAUGGAGAUCACCAUGUCCAGCAGCGAGAGCCAUCCCCAGCAUGGAAAGCAGGCUGUCACCUUCAGGCUGCACGAGGCAGAGGAGGGUGCUGAGCCUUUGUUGUCAGCCUUCAGCUUCCAGCGCCUGCUCUCCAACCUGACUGCCCUCCGCCUCCGCGUGAGCCAUGGCCCUGUGCCAGGCAGGCUGUCCCUGAGCCAGGUCCAGCUCAUGUCGGCUCGCCCCGGGCUGGGCUUGCAGGCAGGCUGGGUGGAGGAGUGCACGUGUCCCCUGGGCUACACCGGGCAGUUCUGCCAGUCCUGUGCACCUGGCUUCAAGAGGGAGAUCCCCUUUGGCAGCCCAUUCAGCAGCUGUGUACCCUGCACCUGCAACCAGCACGGGGACUGUCACCCCCUCACAGGGCACUGCCAGUGCUUGCACAACACAGAAGGUCCUUCCUGCGAGCGCUGCAGCCCCGGGUUUUAUGGCAACCCCUUCAUAGGACACUUUGAUGACUGCAAGCCAUGUCCCUGUCCCGACCACUCGCCCUGCACUGAGAUGCCCAGCAGUGGGGAGGUGGUCUGCACCCACUGCCCCCCAGGGCAGAGAGGAAAACGCUGUGAGCUGUGCGACGAUGGGUUUUUCGGGGACCCCCUGGGGCAGAGGGGUCCCGUGCGCCCCUGCGUCCCCUGCCAGUGUCACGGGAACGUGGAUCCCAACGCCGUGGGGAACUGUGACCCCGUGUCCGGCCGAUGCCUGCGCUGCCUGUACAACACCACAGGAGAGCACUGUGAGAGGUGUCAGCCGGGCUUCUAUGGGGAUGCCAUGGCUCCUGACCUUGCUGGGAAGUGUGCAGCUUGUGAUUGCAACCCCGAUGGCUCAGCCCCAGGGCUGGAUGGCUGUGAUCCCAGCACAGGCCAGUGCCACUGCCUCCCACACGUGACGGGCAGAGCCUGUGGGCUCUGCCAGCCUGGCUACUACAACCUGCGACCUGCCGUGGGGUGCAAGAGCUGCCAGUGCCACCCCACGGGGUCACGGGAGAGCGUGUGUGAUGCAGUGACAGGGCAGUGCUCCUGCCAGCCGGGCGUCACGGGGAAGCAAUGCGACCGGUGCCAACACGGCUUCUUCGGCUUCUCUGCCCGGGGCUGCCGAGCCUGCAACUGCUCCCCGCUGGGGUCCCUCACCCCGCAGUGCCAUGAGAACAGCACCUGCCUCUGCCACCCCGGCUUCACGGGCUACAAGUGUGACCGGUGCCAAGCCAACUUCUUCCUGGACCCCCCGAGCUCCCGCUGCCAGCAGUGUCCUGCCUGCUAUGGGCUGGUGAAGGAUGAGGCUGAGCAGCUGAAGAACAGGCUGCAGGAGAUGGAGGAAUGGCUGCAGAAACCAGGCUGUGAUGCCCACCUGAGCCAGCCCACUAUGCUGGGAGAUGCACCCCGGGGAGAUGGGCUGCCCAGCCCUCACCUCCUGCAAGGUGCCCGGGCUGCCCUCUUGGUGCAGGUGGGGCAGCUGGCAGGGGCACUGGCCACUGCCCAGGGCCAUCUCAGCAAUGCCAGCUGGGCCACCGGCUGCUCCAGUCAUGGACCCCCCAAGACCUGUGUCCUGCUGUCGGAGAUCAGGGCCCUGCUGCAGUCAACACAGCAGGAGAUACUGGAUGCUGCAGACACUCUGACUACCAUGGAGAUUCCCCAGGAAAUCCCUCAGCAGCCCACGAACUGGAGCCGCCGGGCGCUGGAGGCACGGGUGCUGGCUGAGAGCCACAGAGAUGCUGCAGCGCAGGUGGAGGCGGUGGUGGGGCGAGCACUGCGUGCAUCCAACAGCAGCUCCCAGCUCCUGCAGAGCCUGCUGGAGGGGAAUGCGACGUGGGAGGUGCAGCGUGAGCUGGAGGCUGGGUACGAGGAAAUCCAGCGGGCGCGGGAGGAGCUGGGCGCUGGCGCGGCAGAGGUGGCAGCAGAGGCCAGGAGAGCUUUCUCCGCUGUGCAGCGGGCAAACGCCGACAUGGCCGAGAAACUCCUGCAGGUGGCUGCGCUGGGGCAGCAGGCGCUGCCGGCACAGGCUGCAGCCCUGGCACAGGACCUGGCAGCGCUGGAGCAGGCAGCAAAGGUGCAGGAGCCAUCGGCUGGUCGGGCCAUCGAGGCGUCCCGCAGGCUGGCAGCAGGACUGCAGCGGCAGCUGCAGAGGACUCGCAGCUUCCAGCAGCUGCAGGACCGGGCUGGCUCUGCCCACAGCACAGCCACCUCUGCUGUCUCACAUGGAAAAGCCAUGCUCUCCAACACAGAGUCCCUCCUGGCCAGCUUGGAAGGUAUGAGGAAGGUGCUGGGACAUCGGAAGGGUCAGGCUGCCCUGAGCAGGAGGAUGACACAUGUGCGGGAGAGGGCAAUGGUGGAGGCCCAGAGAAGGAUUAAACAGGCGGAGAAGACGUUGGGAAACUCCUUGUCCAUCUCCACCACGGCCCGGAGGAUGGCUGGGGAGGCUGAGCAAGUCUCUGGGGAGAGUGCCAAGAGGGCACAGACUGUGCUGCAGGAGAGCAAGAAGGCCCGCAAGCACACCAGGCAGCUCACCAUGCGUGCCAAUGAGACCCAGAGGGAGCUCUCCCAGCAGGAGCGUAUGGCUGAGAAGCUCAGGGAGGACCUGGAGGAAGCACGUAAGGUGGGGACAGAAGUGAGUGAGGUGGCAAAAAGCCUCCAGGAAGCCCGGGGCUCACUGAUCGCAGACAUUGAGACCUUGAACGACCUGCUGAGCAGCCUAGGCAACCUGGAGCAGGUCCCGCAGGCAGAGGCGGUGCUGAGCGCCGGGCGGCUGCAGCUGGAGCGGCUGUGGCUGCGCCUGGGAGCGCCGGGAGCCCUGGCUGGGCAGCUCAGCCUGCUGCAGCAGGAGGCUGCCCGGCAACGGGAGAAGAUCCAAGAGUUUGAGAGCGACUUGGCCGAGAUCCGGGCUGACAAGAAAAACCUGGAGGACAUUGUGCGGAGCCUCCCUGAGAGCUGCUCGAAGUGACGGUGACGGGUCCCCGGCCACUGCCCCAUCAGCUGCGUGCCACCCUGCACAGGGAACAGCAGAGCGAAGGACCCCCUGCCUUCACCAGUAUUGAUCUCUCCUGCUGCUCUUCACACUGCCCACGAUCUCACACCCCAGGUCCUUAUCUGCACCAGUUCAGGCUCUGUGUCAUGACUACAGCCACCAGCUCUGUCCUCAGGGCAGGGGGACUACCAGCUACCAGGGACCACCAACGCUUCUGUAUGGGAGAAAAAGGCAUCACAGGGCUGGUUUUUCACCACGGAGUGAAUGAAGAAUGGUCACAGAUCUCCUUCAUGCUAGACACAUCCCUCCAUCCUUCCUGUGCCCGGAGCACUGGGGAGGGACAGCUUAUCAAGUAUGUAAAGUACCAGAGCUGUAACACCCAGCAGUUCUUCCUGCCCCAGGAAUUAGAGGCUUUUGGAUGCACGCUGGAAGCCAGUCCUGCUGCAGAGCACCCUGAACUCACCUGCUGUGGUCACAGAGGUACAAAGAUGACUUGCAGAGAGUUGCUCACCAGAGGACAUGCAGCUUGCCUGCUCCCUGGGGGAAUGGGGCUCACAGUAGGGAGGGCUAAAUUGGGAGCAAGCAGAAGCAAAGCUGAACCCUUCACCAGCUCCUGUCAGGCAAGUGGGGCACCCUCUGCUUGCUGCAGGGUAAGAGCAGCUCUGCUCUACUCAGCCAGGGUAGCACAAGGUUGCCACUGCCCACAGCUCUAGUCUUUCUGUCCUGUCCCAGCUCUGCUUGUCUUGCUGGAUGUCACUAGGUCUGGCUCUACACCAGCCCAAUUGCUGGCAGUCCCAGGGGUGGCAAGUGGGAGCUGCUUCACCCCCCAGACCCACAUCAGCACUCACACACCCUGCCCACUGGAGAGGAGCUGGCUGGUGGCACCCGGCUGGCUGCACAGGGAGCAGCUGGACAUGGCCAGCUCCUGCCAGUGUCACUCCCACUGGGUGGCAGAGGUCGGUGGCUGUUUUGCCUUUAAAGGAAAGGCAUGUGUGUUCGCCCCGUGCUCCUGGGCUGGUCCAUGGGGCCACGCAGGCACCAGAGCCAGGCCCUUGUUCAGCCCACCCUGUGCUGGCUGAGCCAUGGCUCCAGGGAGCAGUUGAAGUCACUCUAGUAAGACCAGGAACAAGUCCCCAGGCUGGAGCCCUCUUCACUUUUUAACCUGUUUUACCUGUGCUCUUCUGCUCACAGUCCUGGAAAUCAGGUUUGCUGAAGUCUUGUGUCAGGCUAGAUGUAAAACUGUUGCCACAGGCACUAGAUCCCCUCACAGUUGUCUCCAGUGGGUCCAAUGUUCUGGAAGGACCACAGGGUUUUCCAACCAUGACCAAACCCAUCUCUCCCCUUAUUCUGCACAAAAGCUGCCCAAGCAGUGGGGUGUCAGAAUUAUGAUGCUGCAGGAGGGUAAUGGCAGGAGCUCCCUUCUUGCUGCCCAAGGACAGCUCUGCAAAAGCAAAACCCUGUACCAGCAAGAGCACAGUGUGAUUUGGCUCAGCCGAGAGGCAGGGAGCCACAGCCACUCACUGUCUCCCUGGGAAUACAAUUAUAUGUCUCCAAUCAACACACAAAUUUGCUGCUGUUACUGAAAUGCCAAGCCUUGUGCAUGCUGCUGAAGAUGUGAGCCAUCUUCCCUCCUGCUCUCCCUGGAAUUCUGUUUUUUUUAGCUGGUGCCACCCACCUAGAGCUGUAUCCAUUAAAAAUUCUUAAUAUAACACAUAGCUGCCCAUCUGCCUGAGUGCACGGCAGCAGGAGGGGCA